AUGGCUGCAACCGACGAUUACGUGUUUACAAGAGACUAUGCAGAGGGAUUGAGACUGGAAACUCAACACCUCUUAUGGAACAUUCACAAUGGCUACACAAUCAAUCCCAAAAUUCCAAUUACUCCUCGAACAAAGAUUGCAGAUGUCGGGACAGGAACAGGCGUGUGGCUUCUGGAUGUGGCUACUCAGGUUCCCCCAACCGUGCAGCUUGAUGGCUUCGAUAUUUCGGACGGGCAAUUUCCGCACAAGUCGAACAUACCCGAUAACGUAAAUUUUCGAAUAAUGGACGCUUUAUCUGAAGUUCCAGGCGAUCUUGUCGAAAAAUAUGACGUCGUUCAUAUUCGAUAUCUCGGACCUAUAGUGAAAAGAGGCAAUGUGGAGCCAGUAAUUCAACACGCAAUGCAAUUGUUGAAAGUCGGCGGGUAUCUACAGUGGGAGGAAGCUGACCUUACCCGCAACAAGCUGUGUAUCAAAGGGCCCGAAGCAGAGGCUUUUUAUGCUUUUGCUAGUCUUGGAUACGACACUUUGGACUUUACUUUCUCAUGGGUAGAGGAUCUUCCUAUCCGCUUGAAUCAGGCCGGUUUCGAAGUGCUGAAGUUUAGAAAUGAUCAAUUGCCGCAGGCUAUGGCUCCACUAGUGACUAGAACGUUUGUUUUGACUCAUGUUGCGGGUAUAGAUGCUUUUUAUAAGAGUGGUCAUGAGUCUCUGCCACCUCGGCAUGAAGCUGAUGCUUUAUUGGCGGCGCUAAUUGGGGCAGUUAAGAAGGGAGCGGCGAUUUACCCAACACAAGUUAGUUUACUCGCCCGAAAGUCGGCUUGA